GGCAACACCAUCACAAAAUCAUAGAGCAUUCCAAUCAUACCAAAAUCAUUCCAAGACCAUAACUUGGUAAUCAUGGAGUCCUUAACCAUUGAAGGUGAAGGUGAUGAUCAUAAACUAAAGGCUAUUUGUCUUCCCUUUGCAUCAACGAGUCACCUCAUUCCCCUAGUUGACAUAGCAAGGCUCUUUGCCAUGCAUGGUGUGGAUGUUACCAUAAUCACCACCACAGCCAAUGCCACCAUUUUCCAAAGCUCAAUUGAUCGUGAAUGUGCUCGUGGCCACUCCAUUCGAACCCACGUUGUUAAGUUCCCAUUUGAACAAGUUGGGUUGCCACAAGGUGUGGAAAGCUUCAACUCCAACACUCCUCAAGACAUGGUCAAAAAAGUCUACGAGGGACUCUCCAUUCUCAAAGACCAAUACCAACAACUUUUCCAUGACAUGCAACCUGAUUUCUUGGUCACUGACAUGUUCUACCCUUGGACUGUGGAUGCUGCAGCUAAGCUGGGAAUUCCGAGGUUGAUCUAUGUUGGUGGAGGUUACUUUGCUCACUCUGCUCAGAACGCCAUUGAACAGUUCUCACCACACACCAAGGUAGAUUCUGAUAGCGAGAGGUUUUUGAUUCCUGGGUUGCCCCACGAAUUAGAGAUGACACGUUUGCAGAUACCGGAUUGGCUUAGAGAACCAAAAGAUUACAGUGAUUUGAUGAAGAUAAUGAAAGACUCAGAGAGAAGGAGCUAUGGAUCACUGUUCAAUACCUUUUAUGAGCUUGAGGGAACUUAUGAGGAGCAUUACAAAAAGGCCAUGGGGGUUAAAAGUUGGAGUGUGGGACCAGUUUCAUUUUGGGUGAACCAAGAUGCUUCGGAUAAGGCUGAUAGAGGGCAUGCCAAAGAAGAACAAGAAGGGGAAGGAGGAGGAGAAGGGUGGCUCACAUGGCUUGAUUCCAAGACAGAGAACUCUGUUCUCUAUGUGAGUUUUGGUAGCAUGAACAAGUUCCCCACACCCCAACUUGUUGAAAUUGCUCAUGCCCUUGAGGAUUCAGGCCAUGAUUUCAUUUGGGUGGUUAGGAAAAAGGGUGAAAGUGAAGAUUGUGAUGGGAAUGAGUUUCUGGAAGAGUUUGAGGAGAGAGUGAGAGCAAGCAACAAGGGGUACCUAAUAUGGGGUUGGGCACCACAGCUUCUCAUUCUGGAGCAUCUUGCAAUUGGAGCUGUGGUGACUCACUGUGGAUGGAACACCAUAAUUGAGAGUGUGAAUGCUGGUUUGCCAAUGGCAACUUGGCCUCUCUUUGCUGAGCAGUUUUACAAUGAGAAGUUGCUGGCUGAUGUGCUUAGAAUUGGGGUGCCAGUGGGGGCAAAGGAGUGGAAAAAUUGGAAUGAGUUUGGGGAUGAGGUGGUGAAAAGAGAUGAGAUAGGAAAGGCAAUUGCUGUUUUGAUGGGGGGUGGAGAAGAGUGUUUAGAAAUGAGGAGAAGAGUAAAGGCACUUAGUGAUGCUGCUAAGAAAGCUAUUCAGGUUGGAGGGUCUUCUCACAACAAAAUGAAACAACUCAUCCAAGAGCUGAAGUCAUUCAAACUUCAGAAGAUCAACCUAAAAAAUGAGGCCAAUGCUUAGUAAGGUUUACAAUUUUAAUACCAUAUUUUCAAUUCGGUUCAAAUGGCAAACUAAAUCAGAAUGUCUCAUUCAAACAAGUGGUGUUGCUUGUUAAACUUAUGUUAUGGGAUAUCAUUUAGCUAGAUUAGGUUUCUUUGGCUGUUAGUCUGUUACUCUUGGUGUAUUUUAUAGUAUAUCUGAGUGAGUAUCAUUUAAGCAAAGCUUGUUGCAGUUUUGUUUUGUUGUUAGUGUAUUAUUGUAAUACUUAUGUUUGUGGGGAUGAAUUCUGAUGCUUGUGUUUGUUGUGUUGCUCUUA